UUACUGAGAUUAUGUAACUUUUAUUCUUCUACAUUUCCAAUCUAGUGGCCACUCAAUGAAGAGAGAGAACCAUACUCUCACCACUGAGUUUGUUUUACAAGGUUUCUCCAGCUUCCACGAGCACCAUCUCACCCUUUUUGUGAUGUUUCUUGCACCAUACAUCUUAACCUUAGCAGGUAAUAUAAUUAUUGUGAUCAUUAUCCGAAUUGAUCAUCAUCUCCACACUCCCAUGUACUUCUUCCUCAGUAUGCUGUCCACUUCAGAGACUAUAUAUACACUAGUUAUUCUUCCAAGAAUGCUGUCCAGCCUUGUGGGCAUGAGCCAGGCCAUUUCGUUGGCAGGCUGUGCCACACAGAUGUUCUUUUUUGUAACCUUUGGGAUCACUAACUGCUUCCUGCUCACAGUGAUGGGAUAUGACCGCUAUGUGGCCAUCUGCAGCCCCCUGAGAUACACAGUCAUUAUGAACAAGAGGGUAUGCACCCAGCUGGUGUGGGGGGCCUGCAGCAUUGGGCUGAUUGUGGCCACCACACAGGUGACGUCUGUAUUCAGGUUACCUUUCUGUGCCACAAAGGUGGCCCACUUCUUCUGUGACAUCCGACCUGUGAUGAAGCUCUCCUGCGUUGACACGACUGUCAAUGAGAUCCUGACUUUGAUAAUCAGUGUAUUCGUGCUUGUUGUGCCUAUGGGUCUGGUCUUCAUCUCUUAUGUUCUCAUCAUCUCCACCAUCCUCAAGAUCACCUCUACCGAGGGCCGGAAGAAGGCCUUUGCCACCUGCGCCUCCCACCUCACUGUGGUCAUCGUCCACUAUGGCUGUGCCUCCAUCGCCUACCUCAAGCCCAAGUCAGAGAACACCAAGGAUCAGGACCAGCUGAUCUCAGUGACCUACACUGUCAUCACGCCACUACUGAACCCUGUGGUGUACACCCUGAGGAACAAAGAGGUCAAGGAUGCUCUGCUCCGGGCCAUUGGCAGGAAACCUUUCUGACAGUUUGGGGACUGGUCUUCUGAGGCUCUUAGCAUUCUAAGCAGGACU